GCAGCCGCCGCCAGCGCUGACAGCACUUGGCAGAAGGGGUUUGCCCGAGCGCUCCCGGAGCAUCUCCAGAGGCGCGGCGGCAGCGCCUGCCCGACUCACCAGGGGAGCGGCCCGAAACCGAGGACUGGGGCCAGAGCCGGAGAAGGGCUGAAAUCUGGGAAGCCAAAAAAAUAGCUAGAAAACUACGAAUAAUACUACUAUUAAUAAAGAGUGGUGGGCAGGAAAAGGAGGUCGCGGGGGGAAAGUAGGUGGCGAGAAGAAGGCGCGGCUCUGAGCAAGGGGCAGGAGCGGCCCUUCGCCGGGACUGCCAGCAGUCCCCCCGUGCCCCCGGGCGGCCGUCGGGGCGGCGGCAGCACGUGGCGACGGCAGGGCAUGGCCUGAGCCACCCCCGCCGCCGGCACCAUGGCCACCGCCGGCGAUGCCGGCCUCGACGUGGCAGCCGUGGAAAGUUUCCUAGAGAGGCACCCGGAGCUCGUGGAGAAGUGGCUGAAGAGGAAGAACUCGCUCCCUGGAGCGCCUGCCCAACCCGCCGCCCCCACUGCCGGCCCGUCGGAGGAGCGACGGAGCAGCGACGGCCUCGGCGGCGGCUGCGGUAGCGCGGGCGGCCCCGGCGGUCCCGGCCCCGGCGGCGGGGGACUGCAGCGCCGAGCGUCCCAGAAGGAGCUGCGGAAGAGCUUCGCCCGCUCUAAGGCCAUCCACGUCAACCUCACCUACGACGAGCAUGUGCACGCCCGGGCGCAGGAGCCGCUGAGCAGCGUGCGGCGGCGGGCGCUGCUGCGGAAGGCCAGCUCCUUGCCCCCCACCACCGCCCACAUCCUCAGUGCCCUGCUGGAGUCCCGCGUCAGCCUGCCUCAGUAUCCCCCCACCGCCCUGGACUACAAGCGCUACCUCAAGGAGCACAACGAGCGCCAGUUCUUCCUGGAGCUGGUCAAGGACAUCUCCAAUGACCUGGACCUCACCAGCCUCAGCUACAAGAUCCUCAUCUUCGUCUGCCUCAUGGUGGACGCGGACCGGGGCUCCCUCUUCCUUGUGGAAGGAGCCGCCGCCGGCAAGAAGACCCUGGUCUCCAAGUUCUUCGACGUGCACGCCGGCACCCCGCUGCUGCCCUGCGGCUCCACCGAGAACAGCAACGAGGUGCAGGUGCCCUGGGGUAAGGGCAUCAUCGGCUACGUGGCGGAGCACGGAGAGACGGUCAACAUUCCCGACGCCUACCAGGAUCGACGCUUUAAUGAUGAGAUUGACAAACUGACUGGAUACAAGACAAAGUCACUCUUGUGCAUGCCCAUAAGAAACAGUGAUGGAGAGAUUAUUGGUGUUGCCCAAGCAAUAAAUAAAACUCCAGGAGGUGCCCCUUUCUCUGAUGAUGAUGAAAAAGUGAUGCAGAUGUACCUCCCAUUCUGUGGGAUUGCCAUAUCCAAUGCCCAACUAUUUGCAGCUUCAAGGAAGGAAUAUGACAGAAGCAGGGCAUUACUGGAAGUAGUGAAUGAUCUCUUUGAGGAACAGACUGACUUGGAGAAAAUUGUCAAGAAAAUUAUGCAUCGGGCCCAGACUCUGCUGAAGUGUGAACGGUGCUCAGUAUUACUUCUGGAAGAUAUCGAAUCACCUGUGGUGAAAUUUACAAAAUCCUUUGAGUUGUUAUCUCCAAAAUGCAGCGCUGAUACUGACAACAGUUUCAAAGACAGUGUGGAAAAAUCAUCUUAUUCUGACUGGCUAAUAAAUAAUAGCAUUGCUGAACUCGUCGCUUCCACAGGUCUCCCAGUGAAUAUCAGUGAUGCCUAUCAGGAUCCUCGCUUUGAUGCUGAAGCUGACCAAAUUUCUGGCUUUCACAUAAGAUCCGUUCUGUGUGUUCCUAUAUGGAACAGCACCCACCAAAUAAUUGGGGUAGCUCAAGUGUUGAACAGGCUCGAUGGGAAAUCCUUUGACGAUGCUGACCAGCGACUGUUUGAAGCUUUUGUUAUUUUUUGUGGCCUGGGUAUCAACAACACAAUUAUGUAUGACCAAGUGAAGAAAUCCUGGGCGAAACAGUCUGUGGCUCUUGACGUGUUGUCUUACCAUGCAACAUGUUCGAAGGCAGAAGUUGAUAAAUUUAAGGCAGCAAACAUCCCUCUGGUGUCAGAGCUUGGCAUUGACAAUAUCCAUUUUGAUGACUUCUCACUUGAUGUGGAUGCCAUGAUUACUGCAGCCCUGCGGAUGUUCAUGGAACUUGGAAUGGUUCAGAAAUUUAAAAUUGACUACGAGACGCUGUGUAGGUGGCUUUUGACUGUUAGGAAGAAUUAUCGGAUGGUUUUGUAUCACAACUGGAGGCAUGCUUUCAAUGUCUGCCAGCUAAUGUUUGCCAUGUUAACCACUGCAGGAUUCCAGGAGAUUCUAAGUGAAAUUGAAAUUUUAGCUUUGAUUGUGGGAUGCUUAUGUCACGACCUUGACCACAGGGGAACCAACAAUGCCUUCCAAGCCAAGAGUGGAUCAGCCUUAGCUCAGCUCUAUGGCACCUCUGCUACCUUGGAGCAUCACCAUUUCAAUCAUGCUGUCAUGAUUCUCCAAAGUGAGGGUCACAACAUCUUUGCUAACUUGUCCUCUAAGGACUACAGUGACCUUAUGCAGCUUCUAAAGCAAUCAAUAUUGGCAACAGACCUCACUCUGUAUUUUGAGAGAAGGACUGAGUUUUUUGAACUUGUCAGUAGAGGUGGUUAUGAUUGGAAUAUAAAAAAACACCGAGAAAUAUUUCGAUCAAUGCUAAUGACAGCCUGUGACCUUGGAGCUGUGACCAAACCGUGGGAGAUUUCAAGACAGGCAACUGAGCUGGUAACCAGUGAGUUCUUUGAACAAGGAGACAGAGAAAGAUCUGAACUAAAACUCACCCCUUCAGCCAUUUUUGAUCGGAACAGGAAACAUGAACUACCCAGGUUGCAGCUCGAGUGGAUUGAUAGCAUCUGCAUGCCAUUGUAUGAGUGUCUAGUGAAGCUGAAUGCGAAACUGAAGCCUAUGCUGGACUCUGUGGCAGUAAAUAGAGGUAAAUGGGAGGAGCUGCACCAAAAAAGACUUCCUUCUCAGUGCACUGUUGCCCAUGGCAACACCCACCGGCAGGGAUGGGGAUUCGGCACCACCGCAAGCUGACACACAGCUGAAGCUCUAACAAUGUCAACCAUCAAUCAAGUGACUGUUUGUAAUUGCCUCCAUCUAUUUCUCCUGUCUUUUGGUAUCUUUGCCAUUGUGGGUCAAAAUUCAGAAACUGCUGACUAAUGUUAUGGUUCUGCUCCUCCAUCACAAGGAAGAAAAUGAGAGCACACAGCUCGAUCUUAUCAAAUUGUUCUCAGGCGAAACGAAGCAACCCUGAUGAAACCGGGGGGCCCAGUAGUGCAUCUCAGAACAGCAUUUGGUCUCUGAAACUAAACAAACAAAAAUCUUACAUUAUUUUUUAAAACAAAAACUGUUGGAGAGAAAAAGAAGAUUCUUUGUGGAAGCAUGCAGUACAGUUAAGAAAUGUAUUCCAAGCCUGUUAUAUUUUAAGAUGGUGGAAACCACUUUUUAGCUACUGCUCAUAAGCUUGAUAGACAGAAAUUGUAUCUGGUUUUCAGUAUUUCGCAGUAUUUCAGUCAGUUUUCCCAAACUCUUCCAAGACAUGUGCAGGAGAGAUGACUGUGUAGAUCAUUUAAUCUCAUUCUACAUCUUUUACUUGCUUCCCUGCCUGCUGAACAAGGAGACAUUAAAAAACCCAUUGAAAUCGGCUUAAUUCUGUGAGUGCAUAUAAAACAUGGGUCCAUGAGAGGUGAGGACAAAUUAGAGGGCAUGUGCUUGGCCUUCCCCUGAAGAUGCCCAACACAUCAGCAACAAAGAACCACUUACUUGCUCCAGCAGUUAGUGAAAAUUUGGCCUUAAAUGAGGCCUCUAGAAUUUACAAUUCCAGUGCUAAAAUGUGAUGAGCACGUAGAUUAUCCAUAGGAUCACACAGGCUUUGUUGUCCCCCAAAGGUGCUUUAAGCUGGUUCAAUGGCAAUGCCUUUUUUCUAGGUGUCCUACUGAAUUGUGCUAACUGCAGCCUGAAUUCAGUCAGGUUCUUAGUCCCAUGAAUUAGGGAUCCAGGCAGCAGCCCUCACUUUUUCACCAGAAAAAUGCUCAGGAGAAGAUCUGGAUUUUCCUCCCUAUCCUCAAAGAUGGUUCAGGCCAAACAGUAAUUCCACUCAGGAUUCCCACCUGUGAGACCACUUAACAAAAUCAACCUUUCCUUGCAAAAAAAAAAAAAACCCAAACAACAAAACAAACACAGAAUUGCAUAGGGUAAUCAGGAAAAAGCCUGACACUCAAAUCCUCCUUGAUUUGCAGCAGGCUUUUGAACUGCAGGGGCAUCUUCCCCACCAGCCUGUGGGGAGUCACACUGGUGUUCUUGUCUCCUGCCCUUCUGCCUUUAUAUGUGCUUAGCACGGAGACAAGGAUGCCUGCUGGGUACAGCCCCAAUUUCUGCAUCGCUCCUGGGAGAUGCACGGAGCAGACAGGCUUUGGUGGAAGAGCUCAGGAGAGGCUCAUAUGUACACUGUUCUGGAUUAAAGUGCUCCCCUACAACACGACACUGUGACCCCAUCAGAAAACCGAACACUGUUCCAGGCAAGGAGCACAUGGGUAGAAGCUCUGCUGUGGCUCAUGCAGAAGGGUUUCCCACCUCCCAGGAAUGAGAUUCCCAAAAGGUGUCUUUGGCCAUAGUUCAAGUAGUAAAAUCAGACAAUUCUCUCCCAGCCUGGGACCUACAGACAAAUGACAACAGCUUCAUAACAUGAUGAAGAUGUAGACAUCUGCUUCUGUCAGGACAUGGUUUUGCUCCUGCUCCAAAGCAAAGUCUCACAGGGUCAGGCAGCAGUAGCUCCCAGAAGUUUAAACUGGAUGUCUCGUGGUGGUGGACACAACUCUCCACGGAGCCAACCCUAUUUACAGGGCCGGGGUCUUGCCCAGAAGGUCAAUUGUAUAUUUUGUAAUCACAGAGCAGACAAGGAUGUUUCAUUUUAGCUCAGGUAUUUCUUCAGAUGGUGUCCUUGGUACAGCAGCUGCAUUUUUCUGGUCUGGUGACCUUGCUAAUUGCUCCUUCUUAGAGUGCACUGCAAUCUUAUAAUGUGCCUGUAGUUACCAACAAAGCCAAUACUAGUACUCACAAAUUAUUUUUGAAAACUGCAACCAGCAGUGCCUAAGGUCAAUUGUAGUAUUUAGAUGAAGUAAUCCUAGUGGAAAAAUAGGAGUGUUUACAGGCCAAAUACUUAUUUUCCCUUCAUAAAAUUAAAACAAUUUAGUUACUGAUAGGUCACUUAUGCAUUGAGUGAAAUUUUAAAACAGGUUUAUUUCAAGGUUAUGUAAAAUACAUUAACAGACACUUCCAAUGCUGAAUGUUCGGGGCAAGAAAAUGUAGAGCAAGAAGGUUUUUCUUAUUGGCUUUGUCAAAGGGACGAAUGAUUUAAAGAGUAAAGUCACGUAAAUGGUUUCUAACAUAGCAAUGAAGUGGGAGGUAUAAAUCAGCUGAAAUGAGAUACUCCAGAGAUUUCCAUCACUUGAAUGUGCCAGUAUUGGAAUACAUACUGUAUAUUGCUUGUUACCUUUUCUUUCUUGGAUUAAUUUGUAUUUAAUUACAAAUUUUAAAGCAUGUUGCCACUGCAUCUUACAGUUGUAUGGGGAAUACCAUUAUAACCCCUGAACCUUUGCCUGUGGGAAACAACUGACACAUGCACAGAAGUACCAUGUGUACGUUCUAAUGCGAAUCCCACAUACUUGCAAAAUGUGUAACUUUUUAAAAAGACUUCUGCAUCUUUUCCUUUUUUUGCAUUUUAAGACCACUACUCUUAUUGUUUGCUUUAGUAGAUCAGACUAUGCUUAUUCAGUUUUUUAAAGCAUGUUUUUGAAAUUAACAACUUGGUUUUACUGGUCUCUCUAAAAAAAAAAUAAAACAAUUUUAAUGGC